AUGACCUCGCGGGGUCGAGCUAUACUACUAUGCGCCGUGCUGGCCAGCACUUUGGCUAGUGCGGCCAGGAACACGACUGGCUAUCUUAGCCAAAUGAGCUUCUCAGGCUCUCAGUCCUCGUUGCUAGGGGAUCUGACAGCUCCUCGAGAUAAAUGUCCGCCAUGCUUCAACUGCCAACUACCAAAGUUCAAGUGCGGACAGUACGGUGACUGUGACGCGUAUAGCGGGCAGUGCAAUUGUCCACCGGGAUGGGGAGGAAUCGAUUGCCUGACACCUCAGUGCGAUUCCUUGGCCGACGGCGAUGAACGCCACUUGCGGGAGGACGGGAAGACGUGUGACUGCAAGGACGGAUGGGGUGGAAUCAAUUGUAACGUCUGUCAACAUGAUGCGGCGUGCAAGGGCUUUCCGCUAUGGGGUCUACCGCCAGACUGGGAGAAUGACGAAACGGCAGACCAGAAUAUGACAUGUUACACGGGCGGAGAGACUGUAUUUAGCAAUCACCAGAUGUGCGACGUGACCAACCGCAAGAUCCUUGACAUGUUACCGGGACGCCCACCGCAGGUUACCUUUAGCUGCAACAAGCCGGCCUCCAAAUGCGACUUCCAGUUCUGGGUCGACCAGGUUGAGUCGUUCUACUGCGCGCUGGAUACUUGUAAGACAAGGGUUGAGCACAGCUACGACAAGAACGUCACACUGUACGAAUGCGAACACCUGAAAUGCAACUGUGUUGCCGACCGCUUCCUAUGUGGAGAGGACGGUAGUAUCAACCUCGACGAUUUCCUAAACGAAGAGAUCAAGGGCCCUGCAACAUUCCGUUGUGAGACCGGCAGAGGUUGUAGCUUCGAGGAGCCGGCUAUGAACGACCUUAUUGACCAGGUCUUUGGUGACUCGUCUAUCACCUUGCAGUGCGGCGGCGGCGAAUGCUUGCACUACUCGCAAGUCCCAGGUUACAUCGCUCCCGAGAAACCUGAUAAUACGCGUUGGGUCGCGUUGAGUAUAGCUGGAGCAGUCGUCUUUGUUAUCCUGGCAUCACUGUUCCUUUGGUACGCUGGGCGCGUACACCGCAGCGAUGGCGGUGCUAUCAAGCUUCCCGACAAUGAAGUCGCACGUCUUAUGGCCGACCACGUACCCGCGUCUCUCCAGUUUGUCGACAUCUCAUACCAACUGGGCGGUCGUACUAUCCUUGAUGGUAUCACUGGUUCUGUCCACCCUGGACAGGUCAUGGCAAUCAUCGGCGCGUCCGGUGCCGGCAAAUCGACGUUCCUGGACAUCCUCGCUCGGAAGAACAAACGUGGCAUCGUUACAGGGACAACUCUGGUCAAUGGUCGCAUCGUGGGCGACGCAGAGUUCCGCAAUGUUGUUGGUUUCGUCGACCAGGAGGAUACCCUUAUGAGCACUCUGACGGUCUACGAGACCGUUCUCUACUCCGCGUUGCUCCGUCUGCCGCGCGACAUGAGUUUGGAAGCGAAGAAGUUCCGUACACUGGAGACCAUGAAUGAACUCGGCAUUCUGCACAUCAAAGACUCGCGCAUUGGAGACUCGGGGCAUCGCUCCAUCUCCGGCGGUGAGAAGCGCCGAGUAUCUAUCGCAUGCGAACUCGUAACAAGCCCUUCCAUUCUCUUCCUGGACGAGCCCACGAGUGGUCUGGAUGCAUACAACGCCUUCAACGUUGUGGAGAGUCUCGUCACCUUGGCUCGCGACUACAAGCGCACGGUCGUCUUCACCAUUCACCAGCCCCGCAGCAACAUCGUGUCACUGUUCGAUCAGCUCGUUCUUCUUGCGCAGGGCAAGCUCGUCUACGCCGGCGACCUCACUCGCUGCCAGACGUUCUUCCAGGAGACCGGCCAUCCAUGCCCGCCUGGCUACAACGUCGCGGACUUCCUGAUUGACUUGACCAUGCAAGAGAAGGAGAAGACAACGUCUACGAGCUCGCCAACCGUCUUCCAGUCUGAUGAAAGCGACAACCUUCGAGACGAGGAACGUGGUCUGCUUCCACCGCAUGAUGCAUCCGGUCAAGCUACCGACGAGACUGAACUGCAGGAACGCCCAUCAAGUGGCAGCUUCGUCAAGCGCAAGGCGUCUCAGUUCCUCGAGGCUAUGUCCAUCAGCUCGCGUGCGGAGGAGACAACCCCGGCCCCUGCGUACUUGGUCGAGCUCGUGGAUGCGUACGCGGAUAGCGACGUCGCGAAGUCCAUCCGGGCCGAUAUUGCAUCAUCGCAGGUUGCAGAGACAGCGGAUGUUGCGGAGACGACGGUCUUGCGUGGACGCAAGCGCGCUAGCUGGGCCACCCAGUUCCGCAUCUUGAGCGGCCGUGCAUUCAAGAACUUGUACCGCGACCCCGGCCUGCUCGCGGCGCAGUACUCUUCAUCCAUUGCCCUUGCCUUGCUAUGCGGUCUUUUCUACCAUGAUGUAACAGACGACAUCGGUGGUUUCCAGAACCGGUUGGGGGUGUUCUUCUUCACUCUUGCGCUAUUCGGCUUCGCCUGCUUGUCCAGUCUCGGCCUAUUCGCAAACGAGCGUAUCCUCUUCAUGCGUGAACGCGCGAACGGUUACUACUCCUCAUUCACCUACUUCGCCUCCAAGAUACUCUUCGACAUCAUCCCUCUCCGCGUCGUACCACCAAUCCUCUUCGGUGGUAUCGUCUAUGGUCUUGUCGGCCUCGUUCCGACCGUCGCGGCGUUCUGGAAGUUCGUUCUGGUUCUCGUACUGUUCAACCUCACCACGGCCAGUGUCAUCCUCUUGAUCUCGGUGGCCUGCGAGAGCACGAGCGUUGCCAACUUGUGUGGCACCCUCGUCAUCUUGUUUAACCUGCUAUUCACCGGUCUCUUGAUCAACCGCUCGAAGGUGGCACCAUGGCUGCAGUGGUUGCACGACAUUUCGUUCUUCCAUGCCGCUUUCGAGGCGCUGGCGGUCAACGAGCUGCGCUACCUCACCCUACGCGAGCACAAGUACGGUGUCGAUCUCGACGUGCCCGCCGCAACUAUCCUGUCGACCUUCGGUCUCCGAGCCCAAUCUUUCUGGUGGCCGAACGUCGCCCUCCUCGGCAUUUUCUUCGGCGGGUUCACCAUCCUCUCAUACGUCGUGCUUCACGUCUACGUCCGCGAGAGGAGGUAA